CCCGGCGCGAGGCCUGUCUGUGAGGGCCCCGGGGGGCCGCCCCCUCCAGGUCGGAGGUCCAGCAUGGCGGCCGCGGGGGGCCCUGGCGUGGCGGCCGUGCUGGGUCCCCUGGGCCUGCUCUUGUUCCUGCUGCUCGGAGGCUGUGCUGCGGAAGAGCCACCCAGGUUUAUUAAGGAGCCCAAGGACCAGAUCGGCGUGUCCGGGGGCGUGGCCUCCUUCGUGUGUCAGGCCACGGGCGACCCCAAGCCACGAGUGACCUGGAACAAGAAAGGCAAGAAGGUCAACUCGCAGCGCUUCGAGACGAUCGAGUUUGACGAGAGCGCGGGCGCCGUGCUGAGGAUCCAGCCGCUGCGCACGCCGCGCGACGAGAACGUGUACGAGUGCGUGGCGCAGAACGCGGCCGGCGAGAUCACCGUGCACGCCAAGCUCACCGUCCUCCGAGAGGACCAGCUGCCCCCCGGCUUCCCCAACAUCGACAUGGGCCCGCAGCUGAAGGUGGUGGAGCGCACGCGGACGGCCACCAUGCUGUGCGCCGCCAGCGGCAACCCCGACCCCGAGAUCACUUGGUUCAAGGACUUCCUGCCCGUGGACCCCAGCGCCAGCAACGGGCGCAUCAAGCAGCUGCGAUCAGGGGCGCUACAGAUCGAGAGCAGCGAGGAGACGGACCAGGGCAAGUACGAGUGCGUGGCCAGCAACAGCGCCGGCGUGCGCUACUCGGCACCCGCCAACCUCUACGUGCGAGUGCGCCGCGUGGCCCCCCGCUUCUCCAUCCUGCCCAUGAGCCACGAGAUCAUGCCGGGCGGGAGUGUGAACAUCACGUGCGUGGCUGUGGGCUCGCCCAUGCCCUACGUGAAGUGGAUGCAGGGCGCCGAGGACCUGACGCCCGAGGACGACAUGCCCGUGGGCCGCAACGUGCUGGAGCUCACCGACGUCAAGGACUCGGCCAACUACACGUGCGUGGCCAUGUCCAGCCUGGGCGUCAUCGAGGCCGUGGCGCAAAUCACCGUCAAGUCCCUGCCCCGAGCCCCCGGGACCCCCGUGGUGACGGAGAACACGGCCACCAGCAUCACCAUCACCUGGGACUCGGGCAACCCGGACCCCGUGUCCUACUACGUCAUCGAGUACAAGUCCAAGAGCCAGGACGGCCCGUACCAGAUCAAGGAGGACGUCACGACCACGCGCUACAGCAUCGGCGGCCUGAGCCCCAACUCCGAGUACGAGGUCUGGGUGUCGGCCGUCAACUCCAUCGGCCAGGGCCCGCCCAGCGAGCCGGUGGUCACGCGCACUGGCGAGCAGGCCCCGGCCAGCGCGCCCCGCAACGUGCAGGCGCGCAUGCUCAGUGCCACCACCAUGAUCGUGCAAUGGGAGGAGCCCGUGGAGCCCAACGGGCUGAUCCGGGGCUACCGCGUCUACUACACCAUGGAGCCCGAGCACCCCGUGGGCAACUGGCAGAAGCACCACGUGGACGACAGCCUGCUCACCACCGUGGGCAGCCUGCUGGAGGACGAGACCUACACCGUGCGCGUGCUGGCCUUCACGUCGGUGGGCGACGGGCCGCUGUCCGACCCGGUGCAGGUCAAGACACAGCAGGGAGUGCCCGGCCAGCCCAUGAACCUGCGGGCCGAGGCCAGGUCGGAGACGAGCAUCGGGCUGUCCUGGAGCCCGCCGCGCCAGGAGAGCAUCAUCAAAUACGAGCUGCUCUUCCGGGAAGGCGACCGCGGCCGAGAGGUGGGCCGCACGUUCGAGCCGACCACGGCCUUCGUGGUGGAGGACCUGAAGCCGGACACCGAGUACGCCUUCCGCCUGGCGGCGCGCUCGCCGCAGGGCCUGGGCGCCUUCACUUCUGCCGUGCGCCAGCGCACGCUGCAGUCCAAACCGUCCGCCCCCCCCCAGGACGUUAAAUGCGUCAGCAUGCGCUCCACCGCCAUUUUGGUAAGUUGGCGCCCGCCGCCGCCGGACACGCACAACGGGGCCCUGGUGGGCUACAGCGUCCGCUACCGCCCGCUGGGCUCGGAGGACCCGGAAGCCAAGGAGGUGAACGGCAUCCCCCCAACCACCACCCAGAUCCUGCUGGAGGCCUUGCAGAAGUGGACGGAGUACCGCAUCACCACGGUGGCGCACACAGAGGUGGGACCCGGGCCCGAGAGCUCGCCCGUGGUCGUCCGCACCGACGAGGACGUGCCCAGCGCGCCGCCGCGGAAGGUGGAGGCGGAGGCGCUCAAUGCCACGGCCAUCCGCGUGCUGUGGCGCUCGCCCGCGCCCGGCCGGCAGCACGGCCAGAUCCGUGGUUACCAAGUGCACUAUGUACGCAUGGACGGCGCCGAGGCCCGCGGGCCGCCCCGCAUCAAGGACGUGAUGCUGGCCGACGCGCAGGAGAUGGUCAUCACCGACCUGCAGCCCGAGACCGCCUACUCGGUCACCGUGGCCGCCUACACCAUGAAAGGCGACGGCGCUCGUAGCAAACCCAAGGUGGUGACGACCAAGGGAGCAGUGCUGGGCCGCCCCACCCUGUCGGUGCAGCAGACCCCCGAGGGCAGCCUGGAAGCCCGCUGGGCGCCCCCGGCCGCCGGCGCGGACGACACAGUGCUGGGCUACCGCCUGCAGUUCGGCCGCGAGGACUCGCCGCUGGCCACGGUGGACUUGCCGGCGUCGCAAGAGCGCUACGCGGCGCCGGGCGCGCACGGCGGCGCCACCUAUGUGUUCCGACUGGCGGCGCGCGGCCGCGGGGGCCUGGGCCAGGAGGCGGCGGCGGCGCUGCACGUGCCCGAGGGCGCGCCCCGCGGGCCCCCGCGCAUCCUGGAGGCGGCGGGCAACGCGUCGGCCGGCACCGUCCUGCUGCGCUGGCUGCCGCCCGUGCCCGCAGAGCGCAAUGGCGCCAUCAUCAAGUACACGCUGGCCGUGCGGGAGGCCGGCGCCGCGGGCCCCGCGCGGGAGACGGAGCUGCCGGCGGCGGCCGAGCCGGGGGCCGAGACGGCGUUCACGCUGCACGGCCUGCAGCCAGACACGGCCUACGACCUCCAAGUGCGCGCGCACACACGCCGGGGCCCCGGCCCCUACAGCCCCCCUGUCCGCUACCGCACGUUCCUGCGGGACCAAGUCUCGCCCAAGAACUUCAAGGUGAAGAUGGUCACCAAGACGUCGGUGCUGCUGAGCUGGGAGUUCCCGGAGGACUACGCCUCGCCCUCGCCCUACAAGAUCCAGUACAACGGGCUGACGCUCGACGUGGACGGCCGCAGCAGCAAGAAGCUGAUCACGCGCCUGCGGCCGCACACCUUCUACAACUUCGUGCUGACCAACCGCGCGGGCGGCCUGGGCGGCCUGCAGCAGACGGUCACGGCCUGGACCGCCUUCAACCUGCUCAGCGGCAAGCCCAGCGUGGCCCCCAAGCCCGACCCCGAGGGCCACAUCACCGUGCACCUGCCCGACGGCCAGAGCCCCGUGCCCGUGCAGAGCUACUUCGUCGUGAUGGUCCCGCUCCGCAAGUCUCGCGGCGGCCAGUUCCUGACCCCGCUGGGCAGCCCCGAGGACAUGGACCUGGAGGAGCUGCUCCAAGACGUGGCCCGGCUGCAGCGGCGCAGCCUGCGCCACUCGCGCCAGCUGGAGGCGCCCCGGCCCUACGUGGCCGCCCGCUUUGCCGUGCUGCCGGCCGCCUUCCACCCCGGCGACCAGAAGCAGUACGGCGGCUUCGACAACCGCGGCCUGGAGCCCGGCCACCGCUACGUGCUGUUCGUGCUGGCCGUGCUGCAGAAGAGCGAGCCCACCUUCGCGGCCAGCCCCUUCUCAGACCCCUUCCAGCUGGAUAACCCCGACCCCCAGCCCAUCGUGGACGGCGAGGAGGGGCUGAUCUGGGUCAUCGGGCCCGUGCUCGCCGUCGUCUUCAUCAUCUGCAUCGUGAUCGCCAUCCUGCUCUACAAGAACAAGCCCGACAGCAAGCGCAAGGACUCGGAGCCCCGCACCAAAUGCCUCCUCAACAACGCGGAGCUCGCCCCGCACCACCCCAAGGACCCUGUGGAGCUGAGGCGCAUGAACUUCCAGACGCCCGAUGCGGGCCUCAGCAGCCCCCUCAGGGAGCCGGGGGUUCACGCGCAAAGCAUGCUCAGCCACCCGCCCAUCCCCCUCGCCGACAUGGCGGAGCACACCGAGCGCCUCCGGGCCAACGACAGCCUGAAGCUCUCGCAGGAGUACGAGUCCAUCGACCCCGGGCAGCAGUUCACCUGGGAGCACUCCAACCUGGAGGUGAACAAGCCCAAGAACCGCUACGCCAACGUCAUCGCCUACGACCACUCCCGCGUCAUCCUGCAGCCCAUCGAAGGCAUCGCGGGCAGCGACUACAUCAACGCCAACUACGUGGACGGCUACCGGCGGCAGAACGCCUACAUCGCCACGCAGGGGCCGCUGCCCGAGACCUUCGGCGACUUCUGGCGCAUGGUGUGGGAGCAGCGCUCGGCCACCAUCGUCAUGAUGACGCGGCUGGAGGAGAAGUCGCGGAUCAAGUGUGACCAGUACUGGCCCAACCGCGGCACGGAGACCUACGGCUUCAUCCAGGUCACGCUGCUGGACACCAUUGAGCUGGCCACGUUCUGCGUGCGGACCUUCUCCCUGCACAAGAACGGCUCGAGUGAGAAGCGCGAGGUGCGCCAGUUCCAGUUCACGGCGUGGCCCGACCACGGCGUGCCCGAGUACCCCACGCCCUUCCUGGCCUUCCUGCGGCGCGUGAAGACCUGCAACCCGCCCGACGCAGGCCCAGUGGUGGUGCACUGCAGCGCGGGCGUGGGCCGCACGGGCUGCUUCAUCGUCAUCGACGCCAUGCUGGAGCGGAUGAAGCCCGAGAAGACGGUGGACGUGUACGGGCACGUGACGCUGAUGCGCGCGCAGCGCAACUACAUGGUGCAGACGGAGGACCAGUACAGCUUCAUCCACGAGGCGCUGCUGGAGGCCGUGGGUUGCGGCAGCACCGAGGUGCCGGCGCGCAGCCUCUACGCCUACAUCCAGAAGCUGGCGCAGGUGGCGCCGGGCGAGCACGUCACGGGCAUGGAGCUCGAGUUCAAGCGCCUGGCCAGCUCCAAGGCGCACACGUCCCGCUUCUUGAGCGCCAACCUGCCGUGCAACAAGUUCAAGAACCGCCUGGUGAACAUCAUGCCCUACGAGACCACGCGCGUCUGCCUGCAGCCCAUCCGCGGCGUGGAGGGCUCCGACUACAUCAACGCCAGCUUCAUCGACGGCUACAGGCAGCAGAGAGCCUACAUGGCCACGCAGGGGCCGCUGGCCGAGACCACCGAGGACUUCUGGCGCAUGCUGUGGGAGAACAACUCCACCAUCGUGGUGAUGCUGAGCAAGCUGCGGGAGAUGGGCCGGGAGAAGUGCCACCAGUACUGGCCGGCCGAGCGCUCCGCCCGCUACCAGUACUUCGUGGUGGACCCCAUGGCCGAGUACAACAUGCCGCAGUACAUCCUGCGGGAGUUCAAGGUCACGGACGCCAGGGACGGCCAGUCGCGCACGGUGCGGCAGUUCCAGUUCACGGACUGGCCGGAGCAGGGCGUGCCCAAGUCGGGCGAGGGCUUCAUCGACUUCAUCGGCCAAGUGCACAAGACCAAGGAGCAGUUCGGGCAGGACGGGCCCAUCUCGGUCCACUGCAGCGCCGGCGUGGGCAGGACGGGCGUCUUCAUCACGCUCAGCAUCGUGCUGGAGCGAAUGCGGUACGAGGGCGUCGUGGACAUCUUCCAGACGGUGAAGAUGCUGCGCACGCAGCGGCCCGCCAUGGUGCAGACGGAGGACGAGUACCAGUUCUGCUACCAGGCGGCGCUCGAGUACCUCGGCAGCUUUGACCACUAUGCAACCUAAGCCAUGGUCCCGCCCCGGCCCCGGCCCAGCAGGCAGGCGGGCGGGCGGGCGGCGUGGCGGGGCAGAGCCCGGGGACAGUGCCGCCCGGCCCGGCCGCGCCCUCGGAUACUUGGCACAUUCCUCACUUCCUGGAUUCCAGAACCAACGGCCCCGGGGUGGGGGGCGGGGGGUGGACACGGGCGCCCCCGGGGCGGGGCGCGGGGCGGACGCCCCUCCCCCAGGCAGCCGCGGGGGGGCGCUGGCCCGCGUGGUCCCGUUUUUGUAAUCGUGUAUUUUUUUUUAACUUUUUUUUUUAAGAACAAGAGACCGCAUUCGAUGAGUUUUUGGAGGACGCCGCUUGUCCCCGUGCGGGUCCGCGGCCGUGCCUCCCGGGGACCCCCUCUGGGUCCCCAAUUUUCUUUUUUCUUUCUUUGCCCCCCCCCAUUCAUUUUUAUAGAUUUUCAGACAUAUCGAGGGCAGUCCCGCAGGGGGCCCCGCCCCGCCCCAGUGUCAAGUUCGAGUUCCCGGCAGGGGGCGGGGUCCCUGCCCCGGCCCCCUCCUCCCCUGGGUGGGGGGCGCCGUCUGGGGCCGAGGCGGGAGUUUUUCUCUUUGUACGAGAGCGGGGCCGCCGCGCCCUGGCUGUCCGUCCACACGGAGGCCCGGCCCCUGCGGGUGUAGAUAAUACCGACUUUGUAUUAAAGGAAGCGCGUCCAACCCCG